AGCAUCAGAAGCUGUGAUUUGGUUGUUCUGCAUCGUGUGUCACCACUAUGGGAGGUGAUAGAAGUUGGAGCUGUAGAGCAUGUCAAACUGUGGCAGUCACAUUGCUCCUGUGCUCUUUAGCCCUUUGUUUAAACUUGCGAGUGCUGGGCAAAAAAGUUAAACAUGAGGGAUCUAGUGAGACUGCAGUGAAAGAUGGAAAAAAGGGAAGCAUUCUCUUUCAUGAAAAAAGGCUUAACUUCCAGUCAGGAUCUGCUUCUUCUGCGGCUGCCACAGGACAUGCGUUGCUGCAAGUUGACUUGCAUCAGUCAAGCAUCACAGCAGAGAGUAGAUCAAAGCUGAAGAAUGACACUGCUAAUGAAGUAGCAUGGAGGCAAUUAAACUCUUCACUACUCUGUGGCGAUAACAAGAUGAAGCUGAAGGCCAUGGGGCCUGGUGCUGCUGAUCUACAACUGCACAUAGAAAAUGCACAACCCUUAAAACUGAAGCAUGUGCCUGAAAGCUGUGGUUUCUCAAUACACCAGAAUUCACUGGGACUAGUUUUAAAUGUCCCUUAUAAUGCCUGCAGUGUGCUAACAGAGAAUGGAAGCUAUGUGUUGCCAAUGAUUUGGCGGGGGAUGGCAGUUAAAUUCAUCUGCCCUGUCGUCAAUCCUGAUGCAACUCCUGCUUCGACAGUCCCUGGACCUGUUCUACAGCCCUGGAAAUUUCCUUUCUCUCUCAGGCCGUGGCACUUCCAUCGCUCGAAACGACAAGCAAAACAGCCCUGCUAUCCUAAUCUAUAUAAUUCCUACUGGUAUAACUAUUACAUGCAUAUGAUGGCACCAGGUGCUAAGACUAACCCAACUACAACUACCGCUCCCCCUCACACAAAGCCACCUGCAUAUUCAUACCCUCUGUACUACCCAUAUAACUUUUAUUACCCCUACUACUCCUAUCUCCCAGUGAGGAACACUAUGCCACCAGCUACAACCACUGUGGCACCAUCUACGACUGUUAGACCUAGUGGCAUCAAAAAUCCUUCCAAGAGCCCUGCCUACUACCCUCCACAUUUUCCUAAUAUGCACUACCUUCCACCAGGCCAACCGUUGCAAAUGAUCCCUGACAAAACUCAGAUUUACUACUACAACCCGGAGACUGAAUAUUUCUAUGGAAAGCCUUCAUACCAACAAAAACCAAAUGUGCCAAAGCAACCUACUUGGUCUCAAUUUACCCCAGUUGCUAUGCCAGGUUACCCAGCUUCCCCUGUGAAACUGAGUUACCCAGGCCCUGUGAGCCCAGAAACCUCUGCAGCCCCUAUAGCCCCAUAUGUUCCAUUUGACAAGCUCCCUUUUGAGCCAUAUAUUGUAUACAAGGCUAAGAAACUCCCUGAUGACCAGAAGUACAUGGCCAAAGCCGGUUUUAAAUCUAGAUUCCAAACACAUUCAGGCUUCCCUUUGCAAAGUGCUUCCAGGUUUCCUCAGUACAAAGGUCAAGGAGGUCCGACUGGGAAUUAAGCAGAGCUGUAAGUGCUAAGGGUUUCUUGAUGGUGUGAAUUUGGUAAUGGUUAAAUUGUUCUAAGAAAAUCUUGUUUUCUUGUGGUGCAUGAUGAUAAAAAUUCAUUAAAGACUUUUCUACUGUGAA